CUCCCGCGUCUCUCUGGGCCCCUGCCCGCUGCUCCCGGGGGGUGGGGCGGGGCGCGCCGGGCGGGGCCUGUGCGCAGGCGCGCGAGUGCGCGCUCCCGCGCGCCAGGCGCCGCAGGAGGAAGCGCGCGCGCACCUCACUUCCGGCGAGCGCUGCGCCGGCGGCGAUUGGGCCCAAGGCGGCGAGCUCGCGCCUCGCCCAGCCAAUCGGCGGCCUCGGCGCGGGUCGGAGGGCGCAGGGCGCGCGCGCUGGGCGACCGGGGGCGCGCGGGGCGCGGGCGGGGCGCCGGGCGGGGCGGGGCGGAGCGGCCGCAGCUCGUCGCCGCCCGCGGGCCUGUCCGACGCCCGGGCCCGGCCCGUCCCCUCCGCCGCCCGGCAGCCAUGUGACCGCGCCGCCGCCCUCCGCGCGCCCCGCCCGCCCGCCGCGCGUCCGCGGCCCGGCCGCAGCCCCAGGCCGCCGAGGGAGCGGCGGGGCCGGCGCCAUGGCCGAGCGAGGCCGCCUCGGCCUCCCCGGCGCGCCCGGCGCGCUCAACACGCCCGUGCCCAUGAACCUGUUCGCCACCUGGGAGGUGGACGGCUCCAGCCCCAGCUGCGUGCCCAGGUUGUGCAGCCUGACUCUGAAGAAGCUGGUCGUCUUCAAGGAGCUGGAGAAGGAGCUGAUCUCUGUGGUGAUCGCCGUCAAGAUACAGGGCUCCAAACGGAUCCUGCGGUCCCAUGAGAUUGUGCUGCCCCCCAGUGGACAAGUGGAGACAGACCUGGCCCUGACCUUCUCCCUGCAGUAUCCUCACUUCUUGAAGAGAGAAGGCAACAAGCUUCAGAUCAUGCUGCAGCGCAGAAAGCGCUACAAGAACAGAACCAUCCUGGGCUACAAGACGCUGGCUGCGGGCUCCAUCAGCAUGGCUGAGGUGAUGCAGCACCCAUCAGAGGGCGGCCAGGUGCUGAGCCUCUGCAGCAGCAUCAAGGAGGCCCCCGUCAAGGCAGCCGAGAUCUGGAUCGCCUCCCUAUCCAGCCAGCCCAUCGACCACGAGGACAGCGCCAUGCAGGCUGGCCCCAAGGCCAAGUCCACGGAUAACUACUCGGAGGAGGAGUACGAGAGUUUCUCCUCCGAGCAGGAGGCCAGCGACGACGCCGUGCAGGGGCAGGACUUGGACGAGGACGACUUUGAUGUGGGGAAGCCUAAGAAGCAGCGGAGAUCGAUUGUAAGAACGACGUCCAUGACCAGGCAACAAAACUUCAAGCAGAAGGUGGUGGCGCUGCUGCGGAGAUUCAAAGUGUCCGACGAGGUCCUGGACUCAGAGCAGGACCCUGCGGAGCACAUCCCCGAGGCGGAGGAGGACCUGGACCUCCUGUAUGAUACGCUGGACAUGGAGCACCCCAGCGACAGUGGCCCCGACAUGGAGGACGAUGACAGUGUCCUCAGCACCCCUAAGCCAAAGCUGCGGCCAUACUUUGAAGGACUGUCACACUCGAGCUCGCAGACAGAGAUCGGGAGUAUCCACAGCGCCCGCAGCCACAAGGAGCCCCCGAGCCCGGCCGACGCACCUGAGAAGACACGGUCCCUGGGAGGCAGGCAGCCAAGUGACAGUGUCUCCGACACGGUGGCCCUCGGAACGCCAGGCCCAAGGGCACAGCCUGGACAGCCUGAGGACAGCCCUGAGGCUGAGGCCUCCACCCUGGACGUGUUCACGGAGAGGCUGCCGCCCAGCGGGAGGAUCACCAAGACCGAGUCCCUGGUCAUCCCCUCCACCAGGUCCGAGGGGAAGCAGACUGGCCGACGGGGCCGGAGCACAUCCCUGAAGGAGCGGCAGCCAGCACGGCCCCAGAAUGAGCGGGCCAACAGCCUGGACAACGAGCGCUGCCCCGACUCCCGGAGCCAGCUGCAGAUCCCGAGGAAGACUGUGUAUGACCAGCUCAACCACAUCCUCGUCUCUGACGACCAGCUCCCUGAAAACAUCAUCCUUGUCAACACCUCCGACUGGCAGGGGCAGUUCCUCUCCGAUGUCCUGCAGAGGCACACGCUUCCCGUGGUGUGCACGUGCUCUCCCGCAGACGUCCAGGCGGCCUUCAGCACCAUCGUCUCGCGGAUACAGAGAUACUGCAACUGCAAUUCCCAGCCCCCGACGCCCGUGAAGAUCGCUGUGGCGGGCGCGCAGCAUUACCUCAGUGCCAUCCUGAGGCUCUUCGUGGAGCAGCUGUCCCACAAGACGCCUGACUGGCUCGGCUACAUGCGCUUCCUGGUCAUCCCGCUGGGGUCCCACCCCGUGGCUAGGUACCUGGGCUCCGUGGACUACCGCUACAACAACUUCUUCCAGGACCUGGCCUGGAGAGACCUGUUCAACAAGCUGGAGGCCCAGAGUGCGGUACAGGACACACCGGACAUCGUGUCACGCAUCACCCAGUAUAUCGCAGGCGCCAACUGUGCCCACCAGCUCCCCAUUGCGGAGGCCAUGCUGACCUACAAGCAGAAGAGCCCUGACGAAGAGUCCUCCCAAAAGUUCAUUCCCUUUGUUGGGGUUGUGAAGGUUGGAAUUGUGGAGCCAUCCUCGGCCACAUCAGGCGACUCGGACGACGCGGCCCCCUCGGGCUCCAGUGCACUCUCCUCCACCCCACCGUCCACAUCUCCCGCGGCCAAGGAGGCCUCGCCCACCCCACCCUCCUCCCCGUCAGUGAGCGGAGGCCUGUCCUCCCCCAGCCAGGGUGUCGGUGCCGAGCUGAUGGGGCUGCAGGUGGACUACUGGACGGCAGCACUGCCCACGGACAGGAAGAGGGACGCUGAGAAGAAGGACCUGCCUGCCACCAAAAACACGCUCAAGUGCACUUUCCGGUCCCUCCAGGUCAGCAGGCUGCCCAGCAGCGGCGAGGCUGCGGCCACGCCCACCAUGUCCAUGACCGUGGUCACCAAGGAGAAGAACAAGAAGGUGAUGUUUCUGCCCAAGAAAGCCAAGGACAGGGAUGUGGAAUCCAAGAGCCAGUGCAUCGAGGGGAUCAGCCGGCUCAUCUGCACUGCCAAGCAGCAGCAGAACAUGCUUCGGGUCCUCAUCGACGGUGUGGAGUGCAGCGAUGUCAAGUUCUUCCAGCUGGCCGCGCAGUGGUCCUCCCACGUGAAGCACUUCCCCAUCUGCAUCUUCGGACACUCCAAAGCCACCUUCUAGCCCCGCCCCACCGGGGGGGCCCCACCUGCCCCAAGCGCCCACCACGCUGGGAGGGGCCCAGCUGCGUUUCUGUUAACAUUUCAGUUUACUACAGAGACAGACCCUUAAAACACAAAGAGAAACAGUCUUAAGUAUGAAUGUGCUCACAACCUGGAAACUAACGGGGGAGCUCCCGCCGGGAGCCGAAUAACUGCUCUGCUUAUUAACCUGAACGUUGGGCCCGGGGCUGGGAGGCUGGAAGGACAGUGCUGACCGCAGACGUGGAAGGUGUGCUGUGGCCCCACAGGCCAGGAGGGUUCUUGCCUUCGCGUCCUGUCCUUCCUGGAAGUCAGGACUCUGCUUCCUCAGGGAGCCUGGGCCAGGCGGAGCUUGGUGGCCACAGGCCGAGGGCCACAGGCCGCUCAGUCCCGUUGGGGUGUCCUGAGUUAAGCCUGGGGGCCCAUCCUGCCUGCCUGAGAGAUGCCCCCAGCACCGCACACUCGUGGUUCCCAAUAAACUCCUGCCUGCAGGCGGAGGUUUUAUAGCAGCAGAUAUUUUUAAUGCUUUUAAAUACAUGUUAUAAUGUAGCUGCCAAA